AUGAACGCACUCAUCCAAUCGCCAUUCGCAUGGAUUGCCUUCCAAUCUCAUAAUACCGCUCUCGACUCAGUUGAUGAUCUGCUGGCCUGCUCUACUCAAAUUGCCAUCACCGUCAAUGGCCAGAUGGUGAAAGAGCCAGAGGGUCCCGCGGGCUGGCCGUUUGUUGGCAACUUCUACCAGAUCUACCCUGACCACAUCGCCAACCAUCCGCUCCUUGGAAUCAAGGACAACACAGCCAUCUUCCUGGGCGACACCGAGACUGAGAAUUAG